UUACUGUUUUUUUUUAGUGCGCAUGUGCCCCAAAAUGAGAAUGUUGAGCAAAACAGACUAGAAAAAAAAGCACUGGCAUUAUUUAUUGAAAGUUGCCAGCUAAUUCUCUCACCUCGCAAUAUUAGCUAGCUAACAUUUUAAAAUCCAAAUUGUAAAACAUGACGGAGCCUCAGGCAGCACUGUUACUCAGGAGACAGCUGGCAGAGCUGAAUAAGAACCCAGUGGAAGGAUUCUCAGCAGGCUUGAUAGACGAUAAUGACCUCUACAGAUGGGAAGUCUUAAUCAUCGGCCCACCAGACACAUGCUAUGAAGGUGGUGUGUUUAAAGCACAUCUCACGUUUCCCAAGGACUACCCUCUCAGGCCACCUAAAAUGAAAUUUAUCACAGAUUUAUGGCACCCUAAUGUUGACAAGAACGGUGACGUAUGUAUAUCUAUUUUGCACGAGCCUGGUGAAGAUAAGUAUGGCUAUGAGAAGCCUGAGGAGCGCUGGCUGCCCAUCCACACAGUGGAAACCAUUAUGAUUAGUGUUAUUUCCAUGUUGGCGGACCCUAACGGAGACUCGCCUGCCAAUGUAGACGCUGCAAAAGAGUGGAGGGAAGACCGACAUGGGGAAUUCAAAAGGAAAGUGGCCCGUUGUGUAAGAAAGAGCCAAGAGACUGCCUUUGAGUGAUUGUUUAUCAAGCGGCUUCUUGCUUCACUUUUUCAGGGUCUCCAAUUGAGAAACAACAUAGCAAUGUUUUCCUGCACUCUACCACCCUAUUGCAUGGCUGGUCUUCAUUGACCGUCAGAAACCGUCUGGCAACAAUAGGCUGCAAUAGAACAUAACAGCUGUUACCAGAUCCUGACUGAAAACCACCAAGCAAGUGCCAACAACAAAGCAAAAGAUGAAUAACCAAGUUUUUUGUUUAAGUCUAGGAACUGUAUUUCAGGAAGAUAUUGUAAAGACCUGUAUAUAGCACAGACAUAAAACUGGAUAAUAUAUCAAUUGUCCCUAUCCCAUCCACAAGACACUUAGUACCAAAUAAAUAGCGUUUCUGUAGGUAGAAUCUGAGUCCUAUAGAUUUGUAUGUUUUUAUUCCACUUCUUCAACAUCUGCUCUAGUGUGCAUGAGUUCAGUUCUGUUACAGGUUGCUUUGACGGACAGGAGGCCUUGUAGGGAGCAGAAUGGUAAGAAUGCAAUGUUGUUGUAGAAUCCCUCUAUUGGAGGAGAGCUGCUUUGGUUCUAGAAUGACCGAAAUAUCAGGCCGGAUUUGCAUUUAUGGCAGAUGGACAUAAGGGUGCAUUACACAUACUGUAGCUUGCUUGUCAUGUUGGGUUCAUUCACCUCAGCACUUCAGGAAAAGUUGCUGCAAGUCAACAUUUAACAUAUGAAUAAGGUUAUAAAUGUAAGUCUUUAUUUUGGAAUUUAAUACCACCACAUACCAUGAUCCAAUUUGUCAAGUUCAGGUGUGUUUCUUCGGAGAUGGACAUAAUCAUUACAAGUCAUGCAUGCACAAAUGUAAGUCAUACGUGUAAGUUUUUAAUUAGUAUUUUUUUCCAAAAAGUGCCUCCUAUUAAAUUGCUUGGCAAUUGCCCCCUGUAUUGAACCAGAGUUUCAGAAAAAAUAUGAGAAAUUGCUUAACACCCUGUAAGUUUGUACAACAUCAGCACAAUUUGUAAUUCAAAUAUUGGUUAAAUUUGGUUUAGCAAUAACUUUCCCCUCUGUGGUGAACCGUCUUAUUUAAAAAUGUUUAAAAAUCUGAUAUUUGGGUGAUGUGGAGACCUAUUUCUCCUGUAUUCACCUUGAUAAAGGAGAUAUAUUGUGUUGUGUCCUAGGUAGGAUUUGUUAUGCAUGCUUUUAACUUGAGGUUUUCUUGUUGGUAGUUUUGGGGUUGAUUUUGAUUUAAAAUGUGUGAAAGCGUGUGUGCCCGUGCCCUUUUUUCUUUACCCUCUAAUUCCCCUGAUCCUCGAUUUUCCCAUGGUUUAUUCUUUUAUUCUGUCUGAUGGACUAUUGCAGUUUACUUGCCUAAUGUUCAAAGACAAAAUACUGAUGUAUAUUUUCUGUGUUAUGUAGUGAGUUCUUCUAAAAUAAGAUUUAUGUUCCCAAUAAUUGCUGGUGUUUUUUCUUUUUAAUGAAAUUCAUAUCCGCAUUGUUUUGUCAUAGAAUCAGGCAUGAUUGAUACACACAUUAUCUUCUUUCCUAGCAUGUCAUUACCUGGUCCUGACCAAAGCUCCCUGCCUUUUAUCAUGUGGUGUCUAACCCCUAGGUGAAACAUAUCAUGCACUUGUCAUGCAACACAUUACGCUAGAUUUAACUAGUGAUAGGAUACUGUCAUUUGGCACAAAGGUGAGAAUAUUAUAUGGGUCAAGUGCAUUCUGUG